CCUGCAAUCUGGGCUUCGCGGGGCGGAGCGCUGAGCGUGGCCAAGCUUUGCAUAGCGACCUGCGGGCUUUAAAGGCACCUGUGAGCCUCAGUGCUUAGACCCACCGCGACGGCCGUCGUCAUGCAUCGUGUACCGCUGCUGCUCGUGCUGGGCUUGCUGCUCGCGGGUCCCGCCGCCCCUGCGCGCCUCGGCCCGAAGCGCCCUUCCCGACUCGGUGGCUUCUCCUGGGAUAACUGUGAUGAAGGAAAAGACCCUGCAGUGAUCAAAAGCCUGACGCUCCAACCUGACCCCAUUGUCGUUCCUGGAGAUGUGGUUGUCAGUGCUGAGGGCAAGACCAGCGUCCCCCUCACGUCUCCUCAGAAGGUGGAGCUCACUGUGGAGAAAGAAGUGGCUGGCUUCUGGGUCAAGAUCCCCUGCGUAGAGCAGCUAGGCAGCUGUACGUACGAGGACGGCUGUGAUCUGUUGAACCUGUACAUUCCCCCUGGAGAGCCCUGCCCGGAGCCCCUGCACAGCUAUGGCCUGCCCUGCCACUGUCCCUUCAAGGAAGGCACCUAUUCACUGCCCACGAGCAACUUCACAGUGCCAGACCUGGAGCUGCCGAGCUGGCUGAGCACCGGCAACUACCGCAUCCAGGGUAUCCUGAGCAGCGGCGGGAAGCGCCUGGGCUGCAUCAAGAUCGCCGCCUCUCUCAAGGGCAGAUAGCCUGGCAGCAGCCGUCACAGAGUGAAGGGGCACCAGGAAGGCAUGCCUCUUCUUCUGUGUUCCAGGGCCCAGACCUGCCCGCCUCAAGCUCUGUUCUCCGACCAUUCUCUACCCUCUCUGCAAAUCACUGUACAGCCUGACCUGAGGGAAGAUGGACCAGGCGGGUCUGGACAUCUGCUGGGCUGUGAGCCAUGCUCCUCCCCACUCUUUCUAAGCAUUUCUUUCCUGUCCAAAACAGUCAAGGAAUGGGAACCAACAUGUUGGGGGAAUCUUAAGUUCAAACUGACCCAAUCUUGGCCUCCUGAAGUUUUCCCUACCCCACCCCUUCUUUUUAGUCACCGACUUAAAACCAGAAUAACAGUAUUAACAUUUCUCAUUCCUCCCUAAACCUCUCCUGCAAAGAGGCCUAGGUAAUCCCUCUUAGUCUGUCCCCCCAUUAACUCCCACGAUUAAUUGCAUUCUCUUCUCAGCUUGCCUAGCCAACUCGGGCCGAUGGAUCCAGGAGAGCCAGGGCAGUGUGUGGCAGAGACCCCAUGGGAGUUAUGAUGGGCAUGUCCCACUAAGCUCCACAAAAGCCCAGGUGCCUGCAGGGCCAAGCAGAAGACCUAGGGAGCCAAGGCAGUCUCUUCCAGACAUGGCUUUCACAUUUCCUUUUUUUUUGGGCAUGAUACACAUACAAGGAAUGGGAUGACAUUCCUUAUACUAGACAAGAUAUAAA